AUGAUGCCAUCGGUUGCAUCUUUCCUCCUGGCUGCGGUCGCAGCUGCUUGGGGUUUGGUGUCCCCGGCCAGUGCAUUUGACAGUAACAACAAUACCGAUACCCUAGUCACCCAGCAAAUCGACAACAAACCAUAUCCGUUUGAUUUCCCUUAUCUGAAUACUACUGGCGCUGAUCUCUUCCCCAUGCGCCUCUGUAAUGGCUUUAAAUUGGAAGAAGCCAGCAUCGAUGAAAUCCAGGCGGAACUGAAGUCGGGCAAACUGACUGGUGUCCAACUGCUCGAGUGUUACUCUGAACGAAUCUACCAACUGCAGCCGUAUCUGAGUGCUGUCCUACAAUACAAUCCUGAUGCAAUGGAGAUUGCGAAAUCUCUGGAUGCGGAGCGCCAGCGGGGAAUUUUCCGAGGCCCUCUGCACGGAAUUCCCUUUCUGGUCAAAGACAAUAUUGCCAGCAAGGACAAGAUGGAAACCACUGCCGGUAGUUGGGCUUUGAUCGGUUCUGUGGUCCCUCGUGACGCCCAUGUUGUGUAUCGUCUACGUGAGGCCGGUGCGGUGCUUUUGGGCAAGGCCGCUCUCAGUGAGUGGGCGGACAUGCGUUCAAACGGCUAUUCUGAAGGUUAUUCCGGACGGGGUGGCCAGUGCCGGAAUCCUUACAAUUUAACUCUCAACCCCGGGGGGAGUAGCUCGGGUUCCGGCGUUGCAGUCGCCUCGAACCAGGUGCCUUUUGCACUUGGGACUGAGACUGAUGGCAGUGUGAUCAGCCCCGCUGAAAGAAAUGCUGUUGUCGGGAUCAAACCUACUGUUGGUCUGACGUCUCGAGAUGGUGUCAUUCCCGAGUCAACCCACCAGGAUUCUGUCGGCUGCUUUGGAAAGACUGUCCGUGAUGCGACGUACGUCUUAGAUGCCAUUUACGGAAUUGACCAGCGUGACAACUAUACCUUCGCCCAGGAGGGCAAAACUCCCCAAGGAGGUUACACCCAAUUUCUAACAGAUAAGUCUGCGCUCAAGGGCGCUGUAUUCGGACUCCCGUGGUUGUCCUUUUGGCAAUACAACCACCCGGCACAGAACUCUCAGCUCUUGGAGCUUUUGGAUCUAAUUCGUUCGGCCGGGGCCACCAUCAUCAACGGAACCGAGCUUCCGUACUAUAAAGAUAUCGUUAAUCCCGAUGGAUGGGACUGGGAUUAUGGAACACAUCGCGGCUACCCCAACGAAUCAGAAUAUACGUACGUCAAGGUAGACUUCUACAACAACAUCAAGAGCUACCUCUCUGAACUGAACAACACGAACAUGCGCUCACUCGAAGACUUGGUCCGGUACAACCUCGACAACGUUGGAAGCGAGGGUGGUCAUCCCGAUGUGAACCCGGGUUUUGCAUCCGGCCAAGAUGGAUUCCUCGCAUCGCUGGCAUCUGAAGGUAUCAUGAAUGAGACGUACUGGCAAUCUCUGAGUUACUGCCAACGUACCAGCCGGGAGGAUGGCAUCGACGCAGCACUGCACUUUAACGGGCACAACUUGACCGCUUUGUUGGUGCCUCCCGACUUUGGUCCUACGUAUGAGAUCGCAGCUCAGGCAGGAUAUCCAGUUAUUACGCUUCCUGCUGGAACAAACAAGGAGUCGAAGAUGCCAUAUGGUCUCGCCCUCAUGGGAACCGCAUUCUCGGAGGCGACUCUCGUCAAGUACGCUAGUGCUAUUGAGGACCUGCAAAUAUCUUCCAAUACCCCUUGGAAGCGAACCCUACCAACAUGGGCUGACCAUCUGAAUCGGAACAUUCCCGUCAUCAGUGCUUAA